GCUUUAAAAUAAGUCUAUUUAAGUCACCUUAUUCAACACCAUUCUUUGUCUUUCACUUAUCUCUUUGUUCCUUCUUUAUUUCUCACCUGUGUUGUUUUUCUUUGUCUUUUGGCUGUUAUUUCAAAAACAGAAGGAGAAACCAUGUCAGACAGCAAUGUUCCUGAAAUAAAGUACGAUGUUUUUGUUAGCUUUAGAGGCAAGGAAAUCCGUGACGGUUUUCUUAGUCAUCUGACUGAGGCAUUUGACAUGAAGAAAAUAAAUGGUUUUGUAGAUGAUAAACUUGAGAGGGGAGAAGAAAUAUGGCCAUCACUUGUUACAGCUAUUGAAAGAUCAGCGAUUUCGUUGAUCAUCUUCUCACCAGAUUAUGCUUCUUCUCGUUGGUGUUUAGAAGAAGUGCUCAAAAUAGUUGAAUGUAAAGAGAAAUAUGAACGGAUUGUAAUUCCUGUUUUCUACAAAGUGGCACCCACAGAUGUAAGACAUCAAUCUGGAAGUUACGAAAAUGCCUUUGCUAACCAUCGACUGAACUAUACGAGACAGGUGCAAAUGUGGAAAGAUGCUCUGAAAAAAUCUGCUGAUUUAUCUGGAAUUGAAUCGUCCAAAUUUAGAAAUGAUGCUGAGGUUGUUAAAGAAAUUGUGGAUCUUGUGCUGAAGAGGUUGGAUAAACACCAAGUUAUCCCAAAAGGACUUGUUGGAAUCGAUGAAAAAAUUGCAACUUUGGAAUCAUGGAUAUGUAAUGAACCAAAAGCCACUCACCUCAUUGGAAUUUGGGGUAUGGGGGGUAUCGGUAAGACAACCCUUGCAGAAGUAGUAUUUCAUAGACUACGAUCUCAAUAUCAAGGAUCUUACUUCUUAGCCAAUGAACGAGAUCAAUCAACCAAACAUGGAAUAAUUCAUUUGAAGAAAAUAAUAUUUUCUAAACUUUUAGGACAUGAAGUAGAUAUUGACACUCCAAAUUCCUUGCCUGAAAAUAUUGUUAGGAGAAUUGGUUAUAUGAAGGUUCUUGUUGUUUUUGACGAUGUGAAUGAUUCAGAUCACAUAGGAAAACUGUUGGGAAGUCUUGAUAAUUUUGGUAUGGGUAGUACAGUGAUUGUGACAACUCGAGAUGAGCAAGUGCUUAGGAUUAACAGAGUCAGUAAGACGUACAAAGUGAAAGAGUUUAGUUCUGACGAAGCACUUGAACUUUUCAACUUGAAUGCCUUUAGUGAAAGUAAUGAGGCAAAGGAAUACGAUGAGAUAUCAAAAUUGGUAGUACAUUAUGCUAAAGGCAAUCCAUUAGUUGUUAAAGUUUUGGCUCAUCUUCUUCAUGGAAGAAAUAAGGAAGAAUGGGAAGGUUUGUUGGGCAAGCUAAAAACAAUGCCUCCAAGAGAAGUUUAUGAUGUAAUGAAACUGAGUUAUGAUAGUCUAGAUCGCAAAGAGCAACAAAUUUUUCUAGAUUUGGCAUGUUUCUUUCUUAGAUUGCUUGUACCAGUGGAGGUGGGUGAUCUGAAAUGUUUAUUGAAAGACAAUGAAAGUGAUAAUUCAGUGGCUUUUGAGUUAAGAAGACUGGAAGACAAAGCUCUCAUAACAAUCUCAGAGGACAAUACUGUAUCAAUGCAUGAUAGUUUACAAGAAAUGGCUUGGGAGAUUGUUCGUCAAGAGUGUGUUGAAGAUCCUGGAAGCCGCAGUCGGUUGUGGGAUCCCAAUGAUAUCAAUGAAGCUUUGAAAAAUGAAAAGGUUAGUGAGGACAUUAAAAGCAUACAAGUACAAUUGACUUCAAAUAAGAAGCAAAUGUUAAGUCCUCAAAUUUUUUCUCUGAGAAAAUUAAAAUUUCUGGAAAUUUCUGGGGUAGAUGGAAAUACUUACCACCAAGUUAUUCUUGUUGAAGGAGCACCCUUUUUGGCCACUGAACUAAGAUUUGUGUGCUGGGAGGAUUUCCCUAUGAAGUGCUUGCCAGAGAGUUUUAAUGCUGAAAAACUUGUUAUAUUGGAAUUGAGAAUGAGCAGAAUGAGAAAGUUGUGGGAUGGAGUGAAGAAUCUAGCGAAUUUAAAAAGACUAAAUCUCCAUUGGGCCAUGAAGUUAAAGGAGCUUCCAGAUUUAUCAGGAGCCAUAAGACUUGAAGAACUGUACCUCUGUGGUUGUUAUAGGUUGAGAAGCCUGCAUUCAUCUAUUUUCUCUCUGCCAAAACUUAAGACAUUGGAACUGUCUCGCUGCAUGUCGUUUACCAUACUUCCAAGUUCACCUUGGAGAAACAGUGAAUUGAAGUGUCUAUUGAUGCGUGCUUGCGACAAUCUUCAAACAAUAUCAGAGCUUCCUCCUUUCCUUACAACUUUAGAUGUCUCCUUCUCAGCAUCACUGAAAACUCUACCCAACCUUCCUCUUUCCCUUCAAGCCCUAAAUGCUGCUUUUUGCGAGUCACUUGAGAAUCUACCAGAGCUUCCACCGUUACUUUCAACUUUAAAUGUCUCUGCAUGCUAUUCACUUCAAAUUCCACCCAACCUUCCCUUUUCUCUUCAAAUUGUAAACCUCUGUGAAAGCUGCUCACUUCGGAGUAUACUUGAGCAUAUUCGAUCCAUUAAAACUACAGAUACCAAAUAUUUUGAAAGUCAACAAACUCUAUUAAAUUUUCCCACAGACCUUCAAAUGCCGUGUACCUGCAAUUCAAUCGAGACUCCACAAGAGCUUUCCCCGUCUCUCAGCUCUCAAUUUGAUGAUUUUUCUGCUUACUUGGAUACCUGUAUAAGAAACUUCCUGAAGGCAUAAACCCUUGCCAACACCUGUAUCUCUAUUGUAUAUCAUAUCGUAUCCUUAAUUAUAGAAUUUUUUUUCUUCAUACAAUUUCA